AUGGCAGCUGAGGAGCCCCAGCCUCGAGCCUUGACCCCCAGCCCGGCCAGAGAGGAAUUCAGUGCUGACCCGGAAGCACUCUUGGAAAGCACCCCGACUCCUGAUUGGACACCGGAAACUCAAGAGAGCCAGGACCCCUCAGAUCAGUGGACAGAAGGUCACAGCGUCUGGGAGAGCCAGCAGAUGGGUUUAAAGCAUGUGGCUGAUGACAGAGCUGAGAGUCCAGCGCCUCUGUCCAUGGAAACCCCUGCAGACAUGAACACCCACCCGGACGGCCCGGUGCUCGAAGCCCCUGACACUCCCGGCCCGGCAGGCAAACAGGCGCCAGCUCCCCCGGAAGCCUGCACCUGCCCCCUCCAAGCUGCACAUCUGCUUGUGGCCCCGGAUUCCAGGGAAGCAGAGAGUGGGUUGCUUGUGGGAUUAAGACCGGAACUCCCUCCUGUGAUGCUGGGCUCUGGACAGGCGGACGAGACGGAGGAAGCACCUGUGCAUCCCUGCGCCUGGACCAGCUCUUUGCAGGCCUGUGGAGAGCUUCCCGCCGAGGCCGGCCCUCCAGGGAGCCCGCUGGAGUCGGAGGGGGAGCCGCAGAGUCCAGGGCAAGGGGGACAUGCGGGUCCCCCAGAGCUGCAGGAACAGGGACUCGAGAAAGGGGGGGAUGGCAUUGAGGGAGAGGCUUACCCCAGUGGCCCCUUAGGGGAGCGGCCAGGAGAGGUGGGAUGUGGUGGCGAGGGGCAACGGAGCCCGCAGCAGGUACGAGAAAAUGGGAGGUUUGUAGAAGCGGGAGGAAGAGAGAGCCCUGGUGAGGGGGACUGGGAGGUUCCGGGGGAUGGUGGGGUUCCGGGCAGGAGAAAUCUGCAGCAGGAUGACGAGGAGGAGACAGGUGUGAGCGGCCCAGAGGAAGGCUGGGAGGAGGAGUGGUCAGAGAAGGGAGACAGCGAGCAGGAAGUGGGGGGAGAUGAAGCCAGCGAAGAUGGGGAGCAGGGUAGCCCUUCUCCGCAGGCUCUGGUGGCCCCCGGACUCUCUCCCCUGGGUGAGGAGGCCUGUCCUCACCCCAAAAUUCCGGCGACCCAGCAGGAACCGAGGGCUGCAGAACUGUCCCCCGGAUCUCAGCCCCUCGCCCAGCAGCUGGCGGGAGGCUCCCCGGAGCACAUCCCCUCCCAGGGCCUCUCCCCUGCGGGGGACUCAGCUGGGCAGGACAGAGCUUGGGACGGCCAGUUGGCUGGAAGUGAGUCCGCGCAAGGGACAGUGUCCAGCCCUGGGGCCGGGGCCAUCUCUGCCACUUCCUCGGAGAGGCCCCCACCAGUAGCACCCGCUUCGGGGCCAGCUGACGGCUCCCCCCGACCCCCGGCCAGCCCCCCACUGGCAGCGUCCAGGUGGGAGUCCUCUCUGGGUGCCCACCAUCCGGAAUCGGCCACGGCUUCUCUCUCGCCUGCCAGCCCGGCUCCUGCUGGGGACCCCAAGACGCCCCCAGCCUCCGCCCACGGCCUCCCCUCCAUAGCGCACCCCCUGGACCUGAGCACCGGCCCCUCCUGGACUCGCCCUCGGAGCCCCCUGGCCAACGGCUCUGACGCUCUUCACCCAAGGAGCAACUCGUUCCCCGGUUCCCAACGGCCCGCGGCGCCCCGAGACCGGGCGCGACCAGCCUUCUCCCACCCCCAUUUGGAGCUGCCGCAGAUGCCCCCCGAGUCCGCCUCCUGCGGCCGGGCGCCCCCCGAGACGGACGGGGAGGGGAGCCCUCGCGUCAUUCCAGAACCUCCCGCGGGCCAGCACGCCCGGGACUGCACCCCGGGUCUAGACGGGACCCCCGACAGCCAGCCGCGAGGGACCCCGGCCUGUAUCUCUGUGGACGGGAGCACCUCAGGCCCCCCGCCCAGCCGCGCCCUGGAGGGGCGGCCCCCGCCCCCCGCCGGCCCCCCCAGCCGGCCUCCGCCGCCUGCUCUCUUGACUCUGGGCCCGGGGCUCCCCGGCCCCCCGAAAGUCCCACUGCCCCCCGUUCCUGAUCCCCACGUGGCGCGGCAGCUGCGCCCGCUGCCAUCCAUCCCCGUCGUCGCCCCCCACCACCAUGCCCAGACGCCCUCCCCCUGGCUGAGACCCCACAAGCCGCUGCCCCCGACGCCGCCGGACACGCAUCCGCCCCCGCCGCACGCUGCGGGCAGCCCCCGCACCUACAAGCCCCUGCCCCCGCUCCCCGUCGCCGAUGUCUCCUCCUCGGGACCGCCCCCCUUGCCCCCGAAGAUGAGGGGCAGGAGCAAGAGCACGCAGGGGGUCCCGGCGCACACGGGGAUGCAAGGCGCGGCCAGGCCCGCGCGACACGAGUGGACGGUCCCCCCCGCCCCGUCCGCCGCGGGACGGACCUCCUGGCCCCCCGCCACCAGCCGACCGGCCGAUGCGCUGAGCGCUGCCGCCCGGACUAGGAGCAGAGGGGCCCCGGGCCUGGCUUUCAGCAACGUGACCAACCUGCUGAGACCCUCUUCGCCCACGGCCGCCGGGACUCCGGAGCAGCCGGCCCCCAGCCCGGGCGCAGGGCCCUGGACUCGGAGCAAGCCCCAGGUUCAGGGAGACGCCAACGGCCUGCGGACGCUGCACGACGACCCGGCCCGGCGCCUGGCCAAGGCCGGUCACCCGCACCUGGAGAAGGCGUCCAGCUGGCCGCACCGGCGGGAGCCCGCGAGGGCCGCGGAGGGCAGCGCCGGACACGCCGCCGUGCCCGGGGAGGGGAGCAGCAAGCACAAGGGCUGGAACCGGCAGGGCCUGCGCCGACCGUCCAUCCUGCCCGAGGGCUCUGCAGAUGUGAGAGGUCUAUCCACGGAAAAAUUCCCUGGUUCUUCCGACGCCAUUGUUUAUCGGGAGAAAAAACCCAAGGAUGGGAAGGGGGGCUUCGCAAGACGCUGCUCCAAGCUCAUCAACUCCUCCCAGCUGUACCAGGAGUACAGCGACGUGGUCCUGAACAAGGAGAUUCAGAGCCAGCAGCGGCUGGACAGCAUCGCGGAGGAGCCGGGCCCCGCGGACCCCCGGCAGCUGCAGAGGCCCCUGGCUUCCCCCGAGCCAUCCCUGCAGCGCCUGUCCGUGGUGUCCAGCGCCUCCCUCUGGCAGGAGAUCCCCGUGGUGCGGGACAGCGCCGCGCUGCUCUCCAUGACCCACGAGGACCAGAAGCUGCAAGAGGCCAAGUUUGAGUUGAUCGUCUCUGAGGCCUCCUACCUGCGCAGUCUGCACAUCGCCGUGGACCACUUCCAACUCUCGGCCAUGCUGCGGGCCACCCUCUCCAACCAGGAACACCAGUGGCUCUUCUCCCGCUUACAGGAUGUGCGUGAUGUCAGCACCAUGUUCCUUUCAGACCUGGAAGAAAACUUCGAGAACAACAUCUUCACCUUCCAAGUCUGUGACGUCGUCCUGAACCACGCCCCCAACUUUCGCCGGGUCUACCUGCCCUAUGUCACCAACCAGACCUACCAGGAACGCACCUUCCAGAACCUCCUAAGCAGCAACAGCAGUUUCCGGGAGGUCUUGGAGAAGCUGGAGAGUCACCCCGUGUGCCAGCGCCUUUCGCUCAAGUCCUUCCUGAUUCUGCCCUUCCAGCGCAUCACGCGCCUGAAACUGCUGCUCCAGAACAUUCUGAAGAGAACACAGCCGGGCUCCUCAGAGGAAGCAGAGGCCACCAAGGCACAUCAUGCCCUGGAGGAGCUGAUCCGAGACUGCAACGAGAACGUCCGGAAAAUGCGCCAAACUGAGGAAUUGAUCUACCUAAGCCAGAAGAUUGAGUUUGAGUGCAAAAUAUUCCCGCUCAUCUCCCAGUCUCGCUGGCUCGUGAAGAGUGGCGAGUUGACGGCCCUGGAGUUCAGCGUGAACCCAGGAAUGCGAAGGAAGCUGAACACACGUCCGGUGUACCUGCACCUCUUCAAUGACUGCCUGUUGCUGUCUCGCCCCCGAGAGGGCGGCCGCUUCCUGGUCUUUGACCAUGCUUCCUUCUCCUCCUACCGCGGAGAAAAGUGUGAGAUGAAGCUACACGGACAACACAAAAACCUCUUCCGACUCUUCCUGCGGCACAAUAUCCAGGGCGCCCAGGCCGAAUUCCUCUUCAGCACUGAGACUCAAAGUGAGAAGCUGCGGUGGAUCUCAGCCCUGGCCACCCCGAGAGAGGACCUGGACCUCCUGGAAUGCUACGACUCCCCUCAAGUGCAAUGUCUUCGCGCCUACAAGCCCCGGGAGAAUGAUGAGUUGGCUUUGGAGAAGGCUGACGUGGUCAUGGUGACUCAGCAGAGCAGUGAUGGUUGGCUGGAGGGCAUGAGACUCUCCGAUGGGGAGCGAGGCUGGUUCCCGGUCCAGCAAGUCAAGUUUAUUUCCAACCCAGAGGUUUGGGUGCGGAAUCUGAAGGAGGCCCAGCGGGUUAAGAUGGCGAAACUCCAGCUGGUAGAGCAAAAGACCUAG